CCCCGGCUCCGCUGCUCCCAGCCCCACUGCCCCGGCCCCGGCUCCCCAGACCCUCUAGCUGCGGCACCCAUCCGCGGGUGUCCCGACCUGCCCUCUAUCUCCGGAGUGCCCCGGCGCCCCUACCCUCGGCUCCGACCCCAAUCCUCCCGGACCUCGCUCCGCCGCUGCCUGGCACCGCCAUCGGGGUCCCGCUCCCCCGCCGCUCUCCUCCCUUCUGCCCCGGACGCCCGCCCAGCCCCGCUCCCCCUCGCCCCGCUCUCAGCACCUUCGGCCCUACUCCCCUCCCGCUGCUCCUUCUCCUUACCCCCCGCUGCCCCCAGUUCUGCUCCUCGCUCCCCCGGCCCCUGCACCCCGGCCCGCGCCGCCGGCAACAUGCGCGGGCGGCCGCGGGCAGCGGCAGGCGAGGCUGCGGUGCCGGCUCGGAUGCCCCCUUCCUCCUGCCCUCGCCCGCUCCAGGCGACCCGCUGAGAGAUGGACUUGGCAGGCGUGCUGGUGGCGUUGCUCCUCGUCCUGGUGCUGGUUGUCUCUCUGCUCUCCAACCUGCUGGUGCUGCUAUGCUUCGUCUACAGUACGGAGAUCCGCAAGCAGGUGGCCGGGGUUUUCCUGGUGAACUUAUCCUUUUGCAACCUGCUCCUCACCGUCCUGAACAUGCCUUUUACCCUGCUGGGGAUCCUGAGGAACCAGCAACCCCUCGGGGGCUGCGUCUGCAAAGCGGUGGGUUUCCUCGAAACUUUCCUGACUUCCAACACGAUGCUGAGCAUGGCAGCGCUCAGCAUCGACAAAUGGAUUGCCGUGGUGUUCCCCUUAAGCUACACCAGCAAGAUGCGGUAUAAGGAUGCUGUGAUACUGAUGGGCUACUCGUGGCUCCACUCCCUCACGUUCCCCUUGGUAUCCUUGUUUUACUCGUGGGUAGAUUACAGCAGCGUUUAUGCCUCUUGCACCUUGCACCUGAAGGAAGAGACAGAGAGGAGAAGGUUUACAGUGUUCACCAUCGUCUUUCACUCCACCAGUUUCAUGCUGUCGCUGGUGAUUUUGUGUUUCACCUAUUUAAAGGUGUUGAAAGUUGCCCGGUUCCACUGCAAGCGGAUAGACAUUAUUACCAUGCAGACUCUGGUUUUGCUGGUGGAUAUCCACCCCAGUGUGAAGCAGCGCUGUCUUAACGAGCAAAAACGGAGGAGGCAGCGGGCUACCAAGAAAAUCAGUAUUUUUAUAGGGUCAUUUGUGAUCUGUUUCGGUCCUUACAUUAUCACCAGGUUGAUAGAGCUCCUUCCUUUUGUUACCAUAAAUUACUACUGGGGAAUUAUAAGCAAGUGCCUCACCUACAGUAAGGCUGCAUCAGAUCCAUUUGUUUACUCACUUUUACGUCAACAGUACAAAAAGUUCUGAUCAACAUCGUCAAUAGGAUACUUAAGAGGGACCUCUAUCCAUCAUCGGGGUACAACAGCUCUCUCGACACCGAAAACGAUUACUGCUUGCACAGAACAAAC